AUGGCGCGGAAAGUUCUUGCCAAGGACCAGUUUGUCAAACUCAUCGUUGGAGCUGGGCAGGCCAGUCCCAGUCCUCCAGUCGGUCCAGCAUUAGGAAGCAAAGGUGUGAAGAGUAUGGACUUUUGCAAGGAAUUCAACGCGAGAACCGCCCAUAUCCAAACAGGUACUCCUAUUCCUGCUUAUAUCACCAUCCGUCCCGAUCGCUCGUUUAUGUUCGAGCUCCGCACGCCAACAACGUCAUGGCUGCUGCUCCAAGCAUCUGGCAUUGAACCUCGGAAAGGCCGUGUACGUGGCGCGCAGAACCCUGGCUCAGAAACCAUCGGCGCUGUGUCGCUGAAGCAUGUGUAUGAAAUCGCAAAGAUCAAACAGUCGGAAUUGCGACUGUCGGGUCUGAAGUUAGAUGGACUGUGCAAGAGUAUUAUUGCCCAGGCCAAGUCCAUUGGCUUGAAAGUUGUGCCAUGA